CGAAACCGACGACGAAACCGACGAUACACCAGCGUUCGAUCGGGUUUACGGUCAGCUGUUUCGCCAUGCGGAUCUGGAUUCACCCCUGAACCUGUCGAUGUUCCCACUCAUCGAGGAUGUUACCUUUGCUUUCGAACGCCUCCAUCCAUCACUGUUCGUACCCGGAUCGGGUUCUCAUGCCCUAGCUGGCGGGGACUGCGAGCUUGCCUGCAGGAUCGACACAGACGGCGCUGUCAUGGGUGUCUGGUUUCGCCGGACUUCACGAGAUCGCUUCCGAGAUGUACACCGGGCGCUAAUGGAGCCGAACGGCAGGUCGGUUCGAGUCCCCUCGGAUAUGAUCGCGCGCCUCACCAUCCUUCGCACCGACCAAGAACUCCAAGACACCCUGACUAUACGGCCUGGCCUGUGUGAGUGGGUACGUCUUACUGACAGCUACUCCGGUGAGAAUUUGGAGGAAGAAGGACGUCGGAUGUCACGUAUGCGCGCUACUUGGCAUCGACUGCGAGAGGGAAUCAACGAGGCGUGGAUAAAGCCUAUUCAUCAGCUCAAGGUGGAUGAAUUUACCUUCCUGUACCACUCCCGGCACAAUACCGGUCCGGCCAAGGAGGAUGGGCUGUGGGUGAGUGAAAGAUAAAUUAGACUGUAGUGGAGAGCGCGGGGGAGGGAGAGUGGCUACUGGCUGUACUUACUGAGGCUGCUUUGGGAGGGAGCCUAUGAGUGUCUAAUAGAACACUGGGAGAGAAUAAUGAGGCUGUAUGCAUACGGAAAUAGAUCUCUGCUAUCUUUUUUUUUUUCAUAGUGUUUUCUUAUAUUCAGUCUGCUGAAGUUGGAGACUGCAAACUAAG